GAAUAAGCUAAGCUGUUAUAAAAUCCUAGUGUCUAGUAUUCUUAGCUAGUUCUUGCUUGUGAAAUCACUGAAUAUUUACAAAUGCCGUAAUCCUAAACAUCUAAACUUAUUACAUCAGUUGCUCUAGUUUUAACCCCGUAUUAUAAUAAAAUUACCAAUCCAAUCAAAAAAUAAAAUGGGAGUCCCUAAGUUCUACAGAUGGAUUAGUGAGCGCUAUCCUUGUUUAAGUGAAGUUGUGAAGGAAUUUCAGCUGCCAGAGUUUGAUAACUUGUACCUCGACAUGAAUGGAAUUAUUCACGUGUGCUCUCAUCCUGAUGAUGAAAACCCUCACUUUAGGAUUACAGAAGAGAAAAUAUUUAAAGACAUCUGCCAUUACAUUGAUUUUUUGUUCCGCAUGAUAAAACCAAGGAAAGUGUUUUUCAUGGCUGUUGAUGGGGUUGCACCCCGUGCAAAAAUGAACCAGCAAAGAGGGCGAAGAUUCAGAUCGGCAAAAGAAGCUGAACUGCUAAUUCAGAAAGCACAAGAGAAGGGAGAAGUGUUGCCUACAGAAAAACGUUUUGAUUCCAACUGCAUCACACCUGGAACACCAUUCAUGGUGCGAUUACAAGAACAUUUGAAAUAUUUUGUUGUUGACAAAAUCUCACAUGAUCCUCUGUGGCAGGGUCCCAAAAUUUAUUUAUCUGGCCAUGAAACCCCAGGAGAAGGAGAACACAAAGUCAUGGAUUUCAUCCGUUAUUCAAAAAGUCAGGGAAAUCAUGAUCCAGAUACAAGACAUUGUUUAUAUGGUCUUGAUGCUGAUUUGAUAAUGUUAGGACUUACAAGCCAUGAACCCCACUUUUCUUUACUACGAGAGGAGGUUAGGUUUGGUGGGAGAAAAGAUAAAAACAAACGUCCUGUGACGCCGGAGGAAACUACAUUUCAUCUUCUUCAUCUGUCCUUAAUGAGAGAUUAUUUGGCUUAUGAAUUUUCUGAUUUGAAGGAUAAACUGUCUUUUCCCUGGGAUCUUGAAAAGAUUAUUGAUGAUUGGAUACUAAUGGGCUUUCUUGUGGGGAAUGACUUUAUACCUCAUUUACCACAUUUGCAUAUUCAUCAAGAUGCUCUGCCUUUGUUGUGGAAAACCUACAUGAAAGUAUUACCACAGUUAGAUGGCUACAUUAAUGAGGCAGGGCGUCUUAACUUACCCAGAUUUGAAAAAUACAUGAUGGAACUAUCUAAGUACGAUGAAGAUACAUUUGAGAGUGCUUUCAGUGACCUCAGUUAUUUAGAAAGUAAACUUGGUGGGAAAACUAUCAAUGAGAGUGUUGGUGCAAGCAGACAGAAAGCUAAGAUGAAAAAACUGAAACCUUUUAAAGUUAAAAAAGAUGGCAAUCCUUUCUUGGCUCUUGAAGAUGAAAGUACUAACAAUGACAUUAUUGCAGAUAUUAUUGAUAGCAGUGAUAAUUCAGAUGAUGAUGACGAUGAUGAUGAAUUUGAUUAUGAUGAGUAUGACGACGAUGAUGAUGAUGAUGAAGAAGAAGAUUACAAUACAAUUGGUGAUGAGUUUAAACUUCACAAGCGCAACUACUACAUGGAUAAAAUGUCAUACUCUGAAGUAACACACGAUGUUUUGAAAGAUCAGGCACAUGGUUAUGUUAUUGCCAUCCAGUGGAUUUUGCUGUAUUACUUUGAAGGCUGCCCAUCUUGGAGCUGGUUCUACCCCCACCACUAUGCUCCUUACAUCAGUGAUGUUAGAAACUUCAGCGACAUGGUGAUCACAUUUGAUUUGUCCACACCCUUCCUGCCCUUCCAGCAGCUCAUGGCAGUCUUGCCUGCUGCCAGCAAAGAUUUACUGCCACCAGCACUUCAGCCUUUAAUGACUGAGCCAAGCUCACCCAUCAUAGAUUUUUACCCCGUCAACUUUGAGACUGACUUGAAUGGUAAACAACAGGACUGGGAAGCAGUGGUUCUCAUACCAUUCAUAGAGGAGAGAAGAUUGCUGGAGGCUAUGGCCAGUAAGGAUCAUCUUUUAACAAAGGAAGAGAAGGACAGGAACCAACAUGGCCCCCACAUGUUGUAUCAGUACACUCAGGAGAACCAGGGCCUUUACAAAUCUUCUUUGCCAGGAGUUUUUCCAGAUAUACAUUACAACAGAGCCAAAAUAUCAAAACUGGACAAAAACCUGUUCAACAUAGAUGCAAACUGUCUGCGAAAAGGUCUUCUGGACACUGUUAGAUUGCAUGUUUACUUCCCAGGGUUUCCCAAGCUGCGAUUUAUACCUCACACUCAUGAGCUUGCUAAAUGUGGGUGUAAAGUCUUUCAACAUAACAGUCGAGGUGAAAAUAUGCUUCUUAGGAUCCAGUUUCAAGAAGGAGUUAGGCUGGAAGAGGUUGCUGAUGAACUUCUUGGCAAUGUAACAUAUGUUGGUUGGCCACAUCUUCAUGAAGCAAGAGUUGUUGCUGUUGCUAAUGAAUCCUUUAAGAUAGAACUGUUGGAAGAAAAUGGGACAAAAGGCUCGAGCCAAGCUGUUUCCUACAACAGGAAAAAACUGAGAGAUGACGAAGCUGGUGUUGUUGCCAAGGAAGCUAUGGCCAUUAAAGAAAGGCAUAAAGAUCGGUUUGCUAUAGAUGUAGGAAAUACUGAAAUAGUUAUUUAUGCUUCUCCCAUGACAGGAAAAAUGUACACUUUUAACUCCAAUGGUACUGUCACACUGAAGAAACAGUUUGCAUCAGCUGCUGUUCCAUACUUGCAUCAAAUGUCCAUCAAGGACCUUGAUGUGGAAGACUCGCCGGAUGAGGUUUUAAAAACAUUGGAAGAAGUCUUUCCUAAAGGAUGUGACAUUUUCAUGACAGGGAACCCUCAUUAUGGUGCUCAGGGCAAGGUGCUGGAGAUUCUUGGUGAUCAAAACCGGAUAAGGAUAGCCAUAGAUGUAAAAGAGGAGCCAGAUUUUAGGCAUAUGAGUAGUUCUUCCAUGCAUGAAAGAUAUUUCAACAACUACCAAGCUGCGCAGCAAAUAGGCAUUGAUGGCCACAUAAUGGCUAGAAUUACUGGCUCCAUCUUCAUAGAGAAAUCUGGCGUCAAUGGGGGGAAGGCAAACAUUGGACUUAAUCUCAAAUUCACAAAGAAAGGGGAGGAGGUUCCAGGUUACACUAAGAAGUUGGAUGACGGUUGGGGAUACAGUUUUAAAUGCAUUAAAACUGUAGAGGAUUAUAUCAACAGCUUCCCUGACCUAUGGCUGACUGUUCAACAGAAUAAAAGUAACAAUGAUGUUUUCUCUGAGGCUCUACUGUUCCCUGAGCAUGGUAAGUCCAAGCUGAAAGAUGUGCUCAAAUACCUUGAAGAACUGCCGUGUACUAAAGCCCCUCGCAUGAAGUUUGGUUCAGAAAUACUUGAUGAGGACAGGGUGAAAGAAAUUGAGACUAUGGUUGAUGGACUAAACAAGGUGCCUGACACUGUUAAAAUGAAAGUCAAAGCAAGAUUAUUGUUUAGGCCUUUAGCCAACCAAGGCACUUUGGUGCCUGAUCCUGAUGCUGACUUCUAUUUGUAUGACAGAAUUGUUGUGGUCAAGGCAGGCUAUUCUGUACCUUUUGGUAAAAGGGGAACAAUCAUUGGUAUACCUGAAGCAGGGGAAGGAAUUACACCUCAUAGUUUAUAUGAUGUUGUCUUUGAUGAAGCAUUUACAGGAGGGAUAACUCUCAGGUGUUCUGAAAACAAAGGCUACAGAGUGCCAGGAUCUGCCAUGUUGAAUCUUACAUUUGGAGAGUUUAGGAAAAAUGUUGGCAUGGAUAAAAAAUCUAGUAGGAACAGUGCUAGGAUGCAUCAGAGUCACUCCCAUGACCGCAGUUCAGCGUCAAGUCACCACAGCAGCCCCGGGAGUCACCAUCCUAGCUACAACAACAACAACAACUUGGCUGGGCAGAGGGUGUACAACGACCGCAACGGGGCCUACCCGGACAGGGCUGCCAUCUGGAGACAGCAACAGCAGCAGCAGUUCUCAAAGCCAGGUCAAGGUCAGCACUUCCAGCAGCAGGGUGUCAAGUGGGACAAUGGUCAGCCAUUGUUUGGACAGUAUUUUGUUGGGCAAAAUCAAUUCCAAGGCAAGGGACAAAGUGUUACUCCCCCUAAGUUUGUCACUCCUAAAAUGCAAGGUCCUCAGGCAUUAAUGGCUAAAAAUGCUAAUGGAGAGGCUUCAGAACAUAGUGAAUUUGAAAAUUUGUGGAAAUCAUUAUAUCAGCAUGUAGGUAUAUCAAGCACAGCAACAUCGGAACACACACCGAAACAAGCAACCUCAGCAUUUUCUCCCCAACUCCUACAAAAAUCCAGCAACCUGGCGCAGUCAGCACCUAAACCACUAGAUCUCAUCCAGAGUCUUUCAAAUCCAAAAAUUGUUCCCUCCAAACCAUCUGCUCUGCUAGCCACACCUGCCAGCUCAGGGACAGGCACGGAGCAGACAAGGUCUGGCCCAGUGGCCCAGAAAGCUGCUACCAAAGUUGAGAAUUUGGCCAAGGCCAAAGUGGCAAGUGAAGUGAGUGGUGGGUGUGAGAAUGCAGAGUUUCUGGCCAUGUUUAACUCUUUGAAGACCCAGGCAGCUGAAGCCAAGCUAGGAGGAAGCAUGACCCGUGUGGUGACCGCUGCUCAGCAAACACCGCCCGUUACUGCACCUUUAAUUAGCCCAAAGUCACAGGCUGAUCUGGCCCUGAAACAGUUACUGAAAAUUGGAGUGUCAGCGUCUGAGGCCCAGCCUGCCUCCACGCCAAGCUUUCCCCAGGAGAGACAACACUCCCCCAUGAACCACCUGGAGGAUGCUAGUGUUGUAGGAGCAUCUCUGUCCACAGGUGUGCCAGCACCUGUCAAAUCACCUGUGGGGGGGUCGGUGUACGGCAGGCAGCUGUCAGUUCAGGAAUUGUUUGCAGAAGCCAACAGACACCAACAGAAAACUCAUAAUUCACAUGAAGCUCAACAAACAGCACCUCAGUCAGGGAUGGAUAAAGUCCCAGAAAAUAGAGACCCAAUCAGUGAACUUGAGGCUUAUUGCAGUCAACAUUUGACAUCAGGGGCACCACAGUUUGACUUCAAGAAUCAACCUAAACAGAAUUCUUAUAUUGCCAAUGUGAUUCUGCCCAAUGGUCACCGCUACGAAGGGUCCAUGUGUAAAACAAAAGCAGAGGCGGCCAAAAGCGCAGCCAGCAUUGCCCUUUUGUGCUUGAACACGAAACCAAAUACAAGUCAUCCGGUUCUUACUGGUUAUAUGCCAGCUCAAAGGCCCAAUGUUAACCGCUUUUUUUCCCACAAUUCUGCUUUUAGUCCAAUUGUUGGACCUCUACCAAAUCUACUCCCCUCUCAACACAGCCAGAUCCUUCUCCCUCCCCAGCACUUUGUCAACCAGCCCCCACCCCCCAUCCCCCUUCUGCAGCUUCUACAACAACAGUACCAGAGUGCUGGCCACCACACACAGAGUUACCCAACUGAGCAGCAACAGAGACAUAUGCAUCAGAGAGGAGCUCAGGCCACAUCCCCUCAUGGCUUCCAUAACCAGCCAAAUCAAGGUAAUUUGGCUUCUCACACUGGCCAAUCUGGCAACCACGGAAAUGUUUCUGGCAGUUCAACAACCCAUGGAAGUUCUACUGUUACUCAACAGUUCAUUCCCCUCCAGGUAGCCAGAAACCAAACGCACGCAAGCAAGAGACGAGAGAGUGAAUCAGAGCCCGACACAAAGCCUGUGAAACCUGUGGACAACCCGGCUCUGCCCACUGCCUCAUCUACUGCUGGAGAACACCCACUGGAAACUAAGCCUCACACCAAGCCGUCUGGCGUAGUCACACCAGAGCAGAAGGACAUACCUGAUAAAAACGGAGUCUUGUCCCAGGUGUAUUCGCCCACUACCCACACUGUUAAAUCACUUGACAAGAAGAAGAAAUCACGUCUUGCAGCUAAUUUUCAGAAAAAAUGAUAGGUGGUGUAAUAUAUUAGCCUAAGUGUUUAUUAUUGUUUUUUUUUUAACCUUUUGUUUUUACCUUUAUCAAAAUAGUUUUAAAUUCAGUGAAUUUCCCAGCCAAGGGACCGCAAGGCCGUUCAUUAUGACACUGUAAAUUUUCUAUAAUGAUGUACAUAUUAUUUACUAGUUAAAAUAAAUCAGGACAUUUAUAUAGAUAAAUGGCAAAAAACUCAAAUCUGUUUUAAAAUGUUUUAUUCAUUCUUAAUCCAAAAAAAACAUCCACUUUUUAGUUAAGAUUUUAAAGGUUUUUUAAUCAUAGUUAUUUUACCUUUGAAAUUUAGCAUUGUACCUAAAUUUUGUUUGCAAUUUUUAUGAUACUCAGUAGCAUUAAAAUCGGUUUUAAAAUUGUAGCAUUGUCCUACAUCUUUGUAAUUUAAAAACCGGUUUUAAAAAAAAAAUAGUAUGAGUCCUAUAUUGUUAUAUCAUAAUAACUAAUAUGGCUGAACCAGGUAUGUAUGUUAUGUGUUAUGAAACAGAUUAUUUUAUAAUAUCCUGUUAGUAGAAGCAGUAUUUCAAUGAGAAGUUUAAUUUUAACGUUAUCAUUUUAAAUCUGAAACUUACUUAAAUCAGUAGACAAUUUUUACUUUGGUUUGCAUUAGUUAGGUCAUGUGGCUCUUUUGCCUGGUGAUAUGGAGUAACCAUUUUGUAAGCCAUUUCGGCAGUUAAAUAACUACUGGUCUUUGUUAAUGGGUGCCAUCCAAGCUGCUUACAGAUUUUUAAAUGAAUCCAUGCUCCAGUUUUGUUUCGGUUUUGUUUUUUUAAAAGUGUUGCUUAGUGGAGUACUAAACAAAAAAAACUUUUCAUCUUUUAACAAGUUUCUCUUUUUAACAGCUCUUGAAAUAAUUUUAAUAGAAAAUAAAAUUGUGUAUUUAGUCUAAUAGAGAUUGACAAUGACUGUUGUGGAUAUAAGAUCAGCCAUUAUAGAAUGAAGCUAGUCAGUUCUAUCAUUGCAUUAAGACUACUUCACCUUCUUCAUGUUAUGGCACUAGUUGUCUAAAUUUUAAAUUGAUAUAGACAGGUAUUCUCAUUUAAUACAGAAACAGAUUUUAAAUCUGCACCUGAUGGAUACAUAACUCAAUUUAUAGACACAUGAACUUUAUAAUCAUGGAUUUAGUGGCAUUGACAUCUCAUUUGUUAUUUUGUGAUGUCACAUUGAACUAGUGAUGUCAUAUAUCCUUGUGAUGUCAGAUCAGUAUGCAAGUCGAGGCUACUAAUAAGUUUGUUUAAAAACCCCUCUAAUAAGUAUUAUACAUCAUGAUUUUCUUCCAACCUCAAGUAUAUGUUUUGGUUAACUAUGUAUAAAAUCUUAUUGUAAUCAACAAAGAAGUGAAAAUUAUUGUAUUCUAUGCGAUUAUUGAUUUUUUUUUUUUAAACAAAACAUCAGUAUAAUUAUUUUGGUAACAAUUAGGUUAAUGUCUCAUAAAUUGAGUGUGCAGUUUUGAUUUCAUUUACCAGAAAACCAGUUAGUAGAGGUAAUUGUUUUUAAAAUGUACAAAUUGAUUGUAAAUAUUUUUUAGAAUAACUUCGCCAAGACCCCCCUUCGUUUUAAUUAUUGUCUCAAAACUUUCCAGAAAUGAAUUAAAAUCUCAAUGAACUGGCAUAUGAAAGAAACUUGUACAUCAAAACUGAUUUGGUUUUAAGCAAUAACCAAUUGGCCUACAUAAUGCUACCAAGAUACUUCUUAUUUUCAAAUGCAUAUGUUGCAAUUAUCUUUUUUAAAUCACAAAAAAGUUGUGCAUUUUCAGUAGCUUGGCAUUUAACACGGGCAUAAAUCAACUGUUGGUGCAGAUAUUUAUAAAAUUCUUUUAUUUAAUGAUUCAUAUUUUAAGUUGGUUUACUUUUUAGCUGACACUGUGUAUAACAAUUUUAUUAAUUGAUUCCCUUGUAUUUUAAAAAAAGCUGCCGUAAAUUAGCUUGUUUAUAUUUAAAUGCAAUUGUUUAUCUAUCUGGAUAAGGAUGAAUGAAAUGGAUAUACAUCUUCUGAAGAAAAAUAAUUAGGAUAUAUUAAUUUUGUUCCAAAGAUUUGUACGCAACUUUUCUUGUUGGUACUGUCUGUGUAAAAGCCUUGCAGAGUGGCAGACUGGAUGAAUGUUGGCUUAGUGUUUUCAGGCUGAUAAGUUGUAAUUACACUGGGCACUUGGUCCCUUGGUCUUUCCAGCUCUGGUGAAUUAUAAAUGUGUGAGGGGUG